UUUUAUCGUAGUGUGUUGAAAGGGAAUUAACUCCAGUUACAUUUUAAGUUGAACAAAUGGCAUCCAACCGACUAGCCCACUUUAGAGAGUUUGGGAAAAAGAUAGUUGCAGUAGGAAGAAAUUACAAGGCCCAUGCAGAAGAACUUGGAAACAAAGUCCCAGAAAAGCCAAUUAUAUUUACAAAACCAACGACAUCAUAUCUAUCACAAGGUCAUCCAAUAAAGUUUCCACCUGGUUGCACAGACCUUCAUCAUGAAGUAGAACUAGGUAUUGUUGUGGGAAAGAAAGGAUACCAAAUUCCCGAGGAGAAGGCGAAGGAAUAUAUUGGUGGCUACUUUGUAGCCCUAGACAUGACUGCGAGAGACCUCCAACUUGAAGCAAAAAAGAAUGGACAUCCGUGGACAUUGUCUAAAGGUUGGGAUACAUCUACACCAGCGGGCGAAUUUAUAGAAAAGGAUAAAAUUACUAAUCCACAAAAUCUUCAGAUAUGGUUGAAGGUGAAUGGUGAAAUGAGACAAAAUGGAAAUACUGCCGAUAUGAUAUUUAGCAUUAGUUAUUUGAUCAGCUUUAUUAGUAAAUAUAUGACACUGGAAGAGGGUGAUGUCAUACUAACUGGCACGCCCUCUGGUGUAGGUGGCCUAAAGGGAGGUGACGUUAUUGAAGCUGGAAUUGGUGAUGUUUCCAACAUAAAAUUUUCUGUGGAAUCAUCCUGAAACAUAUUGCAAUGCCUUUAAAACAUAUGUAUAUUUACGUUUAUCGCAUUAUUCAUAACUUUAUAGCAACAAUUAACCGGUCUUUAUAUUAUAUAAUUGGAAACAUACAACAAAGAGUGUAUUGUUCUAUUACAGUGUCAUUUCUGCGUCAUUUUGUCUCUUGUGAAGAUUUAUCCAAUUGGCAAUCAUACCACAUCUUCCUUUUUUUUAUCUUCUGUUGUUGUUUUUUUUUAUAAUUUCGAGAUAAAGAAAAAUAAAACCCGCAUUUUUUUUUAAACUCCGCAAAUUUUAUCUUUAAAUAUAUUUUUGAAGUAACUUAUUAAUUUCUGGAAGUGACACGCUGAUCCAAAAACUGUCGUUGCAUUAUUUGUUAAAUAUGAUAUGUUUAUUUUUACCUAUUAUGUACGUUUUAUUAUAUAUAUAAAGAUUACAACAUUGUCAA